GAGUACUUUUGAUGACUAUAUAAUUGACCUCUGCCUGAUUGCAAUGAAGACGACUUAAUCAUAAUCACCAAUGGCGACAGAUCAAGAUGCGCCGCCCCCGGUGGCCGACUCGACCUUGCAGCUCGAUAUAGCCAAGCUUCAUGCUCUCCCGUCCGAACAGCAGGACCUAUACCUCUUGACCUUCUCCUCGGACCUAUCUCGCUACGCAGUCUCCUUGGACGAAGAUGGAGCUUCAGCACAGCAAGUCUGGAUCAAAAAGGAACUCCUACAAAUCGUCAACCUCCCGUCCCCAGCCCCAACACGUGUUAUCCGUAAUAACCUCGCUUCGACCUUCGCAUACCUCUUCACUAAGGGAAACCGCAAGCUGCUAUAUGAGUCUAUCAACGACCUGGUCGCCGUUCUAAACGCUGGGAAAGAGAAGCCUCUCAGGGCUAAACAUGCCGCCGUUCACUGUCUGGGUGCCAUCUUCGAGGCUGCUGGUGACAGUGCCAUCAGUUUGUCCAGCUUGACCUGUACCUCCGUUCUGCGAAUACUCAAAUCUGCCUCCACGCAUACUGGCUUACGGGCUGCCGUCUACAAGGCUUUGGGCAGGGUCGCUAGAGGUAUCGGCAGCUCUAUCGACGAGACCGUCGCAAAAGAGUCUUGGAAGUCUGCGCGUAAUGCUGCUUCAAGCGACAAGGCUCUAUUGGUUCAGAUGAAUGCUUGCUGGUGCCUCGAGCAACUAGCGACUUACACUUCCUAUUACGACAACUCAAAUGACUUCGACAAGUUGCAAGCUGCUCUGUGGAAAGCCAUGGAUAGUUCCUCGGUCUCCGUCAGGCAUGCUGCCUCUACUUGCAUGGCCGCCAUUCUUGUCAAGAGCUUCUCGGAGGCUCCAGUACGAGACGUGCUUCCUCCGAAAAAGUCCAAGAAAUCAAAGAAACAGGGAGCUGCAGAUGACGGCGAAGACGAAUUGGAGCGCCCCACUACGCCUGUAUCAUCCAAGCCAAUCACCUCGUUAGCUUUCAGCUUGCUGGAUAUCAUGCGUCAACUUUCUACUCAAUACUCGAAGCCUGCAGUCUCAAAUCGCUCUCGUGCUGCUAUAGCUAUAUGCUACAAGCAAAUCUUGACAGCGCUGGGUGAGAGCGUUGUCGAGAGACAAUACGGUGUGAUCGCUAAACAUCUGUUUACCGAGCUGCUAAGCAACCAGAGUCUCACAUACCACCGAUAUCGUACUCUCAUGACCAGAAAAUUUGUUCGUAUUAUUCUGCAAGACGUGGUGGGUGGCAUGCUUGGUGAGACAUCGCAGUUGAACGCUGCCCGCUUCCUCAUGAACGACAUCAUCAAGGACUAUCCUCAAGUCAUCAAAGAGCGACCAGAGCCUGGAAAACUGACUCUGACGGCUGCGUUAAGUGCUCUGACCUCGCUUAUCGACAGGUUAGAUGCUGCUGUGAGCAUCAUAUCAGAAAGUUGUCGCGAGUCUCUGCUGCAAGUCCUGCAACAUCCCAGUUAUACCGUACAAGUCCAUGCUUCGAGGUGUAUGAGAUCUUUCGUACUGGCUUGUCCUCAGCAGCUUCUCCCGACAGUGACAAUCUGCAUGAAUAGCGUCAAUCGAGAAAUAGGUCUUCUCACUGGACCUCGACAAAGUCCGAGACGAUGUGCUGGCUACGCGAACGGCCUUGCUGCUGUGUUGAGCGCUUCCAACAAACACCCUCUUUACGGAUCCGUGGAUGUCUACGCCCGUGUACUCACACAAGCCACUGGAUUACUUAAAUCGAGCAGCAACUCAGAUUUGCGAGUCUCCAGCACUCAAGUGCAGGUCGCCUGGAUUAUGAUAGGAGGUCUCAUGUCACUUGGACCUAAUUUCGUGAAGAUUCAUCUUUCGCAACUGUUGUUACUUUGGAAGAAUGCUCUUGCGCCUCCUAACAAGGAGAACAUGGCACGUCAAAGUCAGCUUGAACUCAGUUUCCUUGCUCACGUCCGCGAAUGCGCUCUAGGAUCCGUCAAGGCUUUCUUGCACUAUAACAUCAAACUCUUGACAUCUGAUGUGUCGAGGCGUCUCGCUAGCAUGUUACAGAACACGGGUACAUUCCUAGCAAUCUUGCCUGAAAGAAAGACAUCUGAGGAUAUGUCACAGCGACUGUCUCCGGCAUUACAACUGGUUGACUUCGACCUCAUGGUGCGGCGCAGAGUCUUCCAAUGUUACACUGCUCUCGUGACUGCAAGCCCCGCUGCAGCUUCAGAGAUCGCAACGCAGUCGAACGUCCUCCCACUAGCUGUUGCUUCUUUCGCCGAUCCGGAUCGCCUUGGCCCUUCAUCAUUGAGCGUUUCAAUCGCUAGCUCAGCAGGCACGCUUGAUAGCAUCUGGGGCGUGGGCGACAAUAGUGGUUUCGGCGUAAACGGUUUGAUCAAUGGCUUGGAUUAUGUUCCUCUGCCCUUUGAGAAGCAAGGCGAAUCAGAAGACCACUGGUCCACACGACAUAGCUUCGAAGCACUAAUAGAUCGAACAAUCCUCUCACCAAUCGGCGGAGCAUGGGAGCAUGAUUCUACGACUUCUUAUGUUGCCCCUGAACAGCCUCAAUUCUAUGACCAACCCCAGCCUCCUGCAACAGAAGUGGUGAAUAGUGCUAUUGGGAUUUUCGCUUUGGCGUUCCCUCUACAAUCUCCCAGAAUCCAGGAUAGCAUUCUCGAACAGGUCAACUCGUUCUUGACGUCAUCCACUGUACAGAAAAGCGUUGCACAGAAAGCGGCCCUGAGCGCAAACAUUGCACUAGCUUUGUUGGUCACCUGCAAAGUCUUGACUGGCCAGGUCAGAGGUUUGGAUGGUAAGCUUCAGAGUGCGAACGCAGAAAGGAACAUGCAAAAUCUACUUCAUGCCUUUGUCGCCGAUCCUGAUGAAAGCGUUCGCCAUGUUGCUGCGCAAGCUCUGGGCCGUCUCUGUGAAGUCGGUGGCAAUGAUCUUACAUCGCGCGAGAUCAAUUACUUGAUCGAAACCAUUGUCUCGAACACCGAGCCUCAUGUUCGUUCUGGCUGUGCACUUGCAUUGGCUUGUAUUCACAAUUCACUCGGCGGCAUGGCGGCCAGUUUCCAUCUGAAAACCAUUCUCGGUAUCUUCAUGUCUCUCUGCGCCGACCCCCACCCACUGGUCCAUUUCUGGGCACUGGAAAGUCUAAAGAGAAUCGUCGACUCUGCCGGCUUGACAUUUUCUGGUUACGUCUCAAGCACUAUUGGUCUUCUUGGGCAGUUGUAUGUACUGGACACGCACAAUGCUGAGACAGGCCCGCUAGCAUCCUCAAACCUGGAAGUCGACUUGGAGACAACCGCAGCCAAUGUUUGUUGUGUUGACGCCAUUAUAAACGUGAUGGGACCAGAUCUUUCUGAGAUGGCGAAACCUCGCGGCAUGGUGCUGACCUUGAUCCGGCAGUUCCAGACCGAGAGCGAUGUUCUAGUGCUGGUCGAGAGUACCAGGUGUUUGGGCAAUCUCUCGAUGUAUGCACCAGGCCACAUGGAGUUUGAGAAGUACGUCAAGCGACUACAGAUUGACCUUGACUCCCCAUCUCCCGAGAUUCGUGACAUGGCUAUUGGUGGACUGGCUAACCUCAUGCGUCGAGAUGCUGAAGACAUUGUUCGUACCGCAAACCCUGGGCUGGAGGAUAAAUUGUGGGACGUGCUUGAUCAAAACCCUGCUCAGGAGACGAUCAAAGAAAUCUUUGUCAACUGGUUGUCGCAGACUGGGCUUUCAGAUACGGCAGGCUGGAUUCAAAGAUGCAACGCAGUCCUGACGAAGGCCAAAGCUCGUGUUGACACAGCUUCUCAAGUUGAAGCCGCAGCCAAGAAGGCAGCAGCUACCGACUUACAGGAUGAGGAAGUCGCAGGUUUCGCUGCCGGAGCAGGCACUAAGGAUGAAGACGCCUCCGCUCCAACCUCAAGUCAGGAACUGAUGAGAUGGCAAGUACGACUGUUCGGUAUGAAUCUUCUCAACAGCCUCUUGGAUACUGUUGUCAAAGAGUCCGCUGUAAACGAAGAUAUCCCCGCCUUAGCCUCACUCCAGCAAAGGAUCUCCGAUGUCGUACGCGUCGCAUUCUCUGCUUCCACAGCUAAUGUUGUUGGACUCCGCAUCUUGGGUCUGCAUAUUAUCGACCAGGUCCUUAGAUUAUUCGGUGGUGUACCCGAUCCCGAUUUCACCGAGGCAAUGCUGCUUGAACAAUACCAAGCCCAGAUUAGUUCCGCGUUAACUCCUGCCUUUGCUGUCGACUCAUCUCCUGAGCUGGCAGCAGAGGCUAUCAACGUUUGCGCCACAUUCGUGUCAACAGGCAUCGUCACAGACAUUGACCGGAUGGGCCGCAUCUUGAAAAUUCUGGUUGCCGCUCUUGAGACAUUUGCAGGAUCUACCGAAACAUCCUCCAUUGGAGAGCUGAAAGGUCUCAGUCCCAAUGCUCAAGUCAUGGUACGCAUGUCAGUAUUCUCAGCAUGGGCUGGCCUACAAAUUGCUACGGCAGAGCAGAAAUACCUAGUCGAUGUCGUUAAGCCUCACGUUGCGAAAUUGACACCGCUGUGGCUUUCAUCUCUUCGUGAGUAUUCUCGCCUACGUUUCGAGCCGGACAUCUCGAACAACACCAGCGCGACACCACUAUCGGAUGACCUCGAGACUGUGUACGCAGCGCUAAAUCGCGAGACUUUGCUCAAGUUCUACCAAGAUUCGUGGCUCAAUCUUGUGGACGCCAUUGCCAGUCUGAUUGAUGAAGACAGCGAGUUUGUGUUUGAUGCGCUUGAUGGCAAGACCGAAGCUGACUCUAAUGGCGCAACCACCGUAUCACGCGGAAGCGACAUCAAUUACCGUGAAGAGCCUGUCGCGUUCUUCUUCGUGUUGUUCGGCCUUGCGUUCGAAGCUCUCGCUAGUAAGCCUGGUGCAGAUUCGGCAACUGCGAGAGCCCAAAAGCUCGAAAUCUUGCAGGCACUCAAGAGAAUCCUACGCCCCUCCAUCUCAGGUAACGCCAUUUACCAGGAAGUGAUCUUCAACGAGACGAUGGACCUGUUCGACCGUAUGAUCCUCACUGAGCCUUCCAAUGUGCAGACUGUGAUCGUUGAGAUCGCAAGAAAUCUGUGUGUCGGCCAUCCCUCGUCAAGGCAAGGUAUGAGCGCGGACGAUCAUUUGUCCGAUGACAUUGAUCAACUCUUUGAGUUGACCCGCAUCAUCGUACUUGUAUUGGCAAGCAUCGUUCCUGGUCUGGCAGAGAGCCCUCGACCUGUGCGAGCUGAGAUAUCAGACGAGGCAGUCACGCUAGCACGACUCUCGCUGGAUGCAUUGGUCGAUGCUUCCGAAGUCUUCCCUUCUAUCAUCAGGGCCGACCUUCACGCAUGUAUUUUCCAGAUCUUCGUCACAAUCAUGAGUACGGGUGCCUGCCAAGCGACCUUGGUUCCACAAGCGCUACCUAUCUUCCGCCGCUUCAUCAGUGGUGUCGGUACUGAGCCCAGCGACGACACCAAGAAACAGAUCCGCAGCACCCUUUCUCGAUUCUUAGUGAUCCUCAAAAAUGCUCAGAAGCGUGAAUUUGAGGCGUCUCUACCUUGCGAGAAAAACACAAUACUCGCGGGAACAAUGCUCAUCACGUCUGCAAAUACGGCUUUCGAAGCCAACGAUCCGGUUCUGCUACGCUUUGUGACCGAACUGACAGAAUGUCUUGACAACCCAAUGACAACGAAGAUGGCCGCAGGCUGUGUACGAACACUACUUGUCGUGCCUAUUCGCGGUGCCGCACACCCUGCUAUACUAUCGCGUCUGUUACCGCGUCUAGUGACUUUCCUCACUGCACCUUCUGAUCUCGAAGGCAUUGAGCAGAGUCGCACUAUCAUCGCGCAGAGUCUCACCACUGCCCUUUCAUCCUUGCCCACAGAGAAGAGACUAGCAGGCUUCGCACUUCUCAUCCCCACAUUACUCGCACGCGCUCAAAAAGAGACCAGCGAUGCUGUACAGAAGGAAACAGCAGCCAGACUACUAGAGCUCGCCAGCAACGACGCAAACGCCUUCAGAGGUGUUGUGACGCGCCUCAAUGCCGACCAAAAGACCUUUAUGGAAAGAGUGAUCAAGGGAUCACAAGGACCGAGACAAGAAGUCAGAGAAGAGGUUGAAGAAAAGGAACCGACGAUUGCAUUGAAGAUGAAUUUCUGAGCGUGAGAGGCAAAGGAGAGGAUGUUUGAUAUUAGAGAUACCACGGUGGGCUGAG